AUGUUAGCGUCUAUUCCACAAAUGGAAGCGCUUCACUCUCUGCCUCGAAAUUCCGAAGUUCCCAUGCGACAACCGUCAGCUGAAGACUUGGAUGCUGCUCAGCAGUUGAUAUCCUCAGCGCAAGCAGGUCGUGAACAUCUAGCAGAUCACUACCGGGAAGAUGGCAUGGUGCAAGGAGCCGGCCAACCGGGAUCAAAUAAGUGGACUGGACAGAAUGAACUUCCCAAUGAGAAAACAUCCCCCGGUAGCCAAAAAGACACAACGUUCCUAGGGCAUUCAUGCAGUAAUUGUGGUACAAAAAGCACUCCUCUCUGGCGUCGUUCUCCCACGGGAGCGAUGAUCUGCAACGCCUGCGGUCUCUAUCUCAAAGCUCGCAACGUCGCCCGCCCUACAAAACGAAAUCGGAUGCAAUCAGAGGGUGCUGAGAAGCCACCGCCUCCUGCGAGCUCCCACUGUGGCGGUUCCUCCGGAGGUGGUUGCAAGGGGUCAUGUCCUGGUGGUGGGAGUUGCAAUGGUACUGGUGGCGCAGAAGGGUGUGAUGGAUGUCCGGCAUUCAACAACCGGAUAUAUAAGUCUGCUCCCCGAGGUGCGGCCGCCGUUCAAUCUUCGUGGGGCCGUCACCCAACACAAGAGCUUGAGCCUGUGACGCAAGAGGAGCCACCUGUGAAGGCACCUGCUCCUGCCGAUGGACCUAAUACUUUGGUUGCUUGCCAAAAUUGCGGCACAACCGUAACUCCCCUAUGGCGGCGCGACGAACAGGGCCACCCCAUUUGUAACGCUUGCGGAUUGUAUUAUAAGCUGCACGGAUGCUAUCGCCCCACCAACAUGAAAAAGUCCAUCAUCAAACGUCGCAAACGCGUUGUUCCCGCCCUACGAGACCAGUCUCCUACCGCUGCUACCCUUUCUUCUAAUGGCUCAUCGGCAUCUCCGGAGGCAUCACCUGCUACCCUGGCGCAUGGCCACGACGAUCACUACCGAUAUAUGAGCAAUGAGCCUGCAGAUCACUACCAUAUGAUGCAUGGGAAAACCGAAGAUACCCCUCGACCCAUACCUUUUGCGCCACCGCCGGUUGAUUUCACCGGUUACAAUGUUUCAUCCGUGCCACUUGCACAUGGUCUCGGUCUGCCCAAGCCUUUGGGAGUGGAGCGACUCGGACAUUCGCCCGUGUCACAGUACGGAAGACGCUCUGCCUCUCCGAAUUCCCUCAACCUUCCCAAGAAACGAACAUUGGCCGAGACUGCGACAGAAGGCCCACCAGCCCCGUCUACAUUGGAAGCUGGAUCAAAUCAGCUGCCUCCGAUUAUGUCUUCCGCCAAUCCCACUCCCCCGGGUCGUCUCAGCUCCAUCUCGUCCAUCCUGAACCAAUCAGAUGUUCGGGGUGAGCCUCGCUCGGAUACAAAUCUGGGACGUGCACCUCCUAUUCACCACUCUAUCUCCCCUUCACCCCACCCACCGCAGCCUUUGCCUGGCCUUGCAUCUCUUGGAGACUCGGUUGAUCGUCGUGCCCGACUUGAACGCGAAGCUGAGCAGAUGCGCGAGAUGCUCAGAGCUAAGGAACGCGAACUGGCAGAGAUGAGACGAUAA